AUGGAGCAAACCGCGUUUGAAUCCAUUCAAUUCAACGAAGAAAUUCAGGGAAUCAUGGCGCCGGCGUCGGAAACCACAAGCUCUUUCACGGCACUUCUCGAGCUACCACCGACGCAGGUCGUCGAGCUUCUCCACUCACCGGAAAUCACCGGAAAACCGCCUCGCCAUGUCAUUAGCCCAAAACCCUAUCCUCUAACUUCUGACACAGAUAAUCUGAUCUUCCCUUCCAACACUUCGUUGGUCGAACGCGCCGCGAGAUUCUCCGUUUUCGCCGGUGAGAAUUUGGCAAACUCGCCGCUGCCGGAGGUGAAAGAUGAACUACCGGAAAUCGAGGAAGGUGGAUGCGUCUCUGAUCGCACAGUCGAGAACAAGAAUUCCAAACACGCGAAGAGGAAAGAGCCAGAGAAGAAGGUUAAAGCAUCUUCCAAGAAAAGCAAAAGCGUCGCCGACGAGAAUUCCGGCAACGGCGAGGAACUUCCGUAUGUUCAUGUUCGAGUUCGUCGAGGUCAAGCCACUGAUAGCCAUAGUUUAGCAGAAAGGGCUAGGAGAGAGAAGAUAAAUGCUCGAAUGAAACUGUUGCAAGAGCUGGUCCCUGGUUGCAACAAGAUAUCAGGAACGGCAUUGGUGUUGGAUAAAAUCAUCAACCAUGUGCAAUCUCUACAGCAUGAAGUAGAGAUUUUAUCAAUGAAACUUGCAGCAGUUAAUCCAAUAAUUGAUUUCAACCUUGACAGCAUGUUGGCUACAGAAGGAGUGUCUCUCAUGGACAGUAACUUCCCUACCGCAGUUGCACCCGUCGUGUGGCCAGAAAUCCCACACAAUGGAAACAGACAGCAAUUUCAGCAACCAGGGCAAUCUGAAGCAUUCCACCAACUACUUUGGGGGAGAGAAGAAAAUACCCUUAAUUUCAUGACCCCAGAAAACUCACUAUUGAGUUAUGACUCAUCGGCAAAUUCAGUUAAUAAUUUGCAUACAGUAUCUCUGCACUCAAAUCAGAUGAAGAUGGAGCUAUGA